AUGGCCUCCGCGCCGCCGAUCGACCUGGAGGGCUUCUGUCUCGCCGUGCGCCACAACGUGUUCGCCAACUACCGGACGCUGCCCGUGCACUGUGCGCAGCGGUCUUAUGAGCAGCUACCGGUGCGGUAUCGCGCCGGCCUCGACGCGAUUUCGGCCGACGUGCUUCAGCAGCAGCAGCAGCGUGACCAGCAGCAGGGCAGUACCGAUGCGGUCAGCGCCAGCGAUGAGGUUGCCAACGUCGCGGUGUCGACGAGUGUCGGCGGCGGAGGGGCCGUGAACAUGGGCCACCCUCGUGGCGGACGUUCCGAGGGGUCUUCAACGGGCUUGUCAGCAGCUGCGCCAGGGGCUGCGGGCUACGUCACAGAGGGUUGUCACGACCCCGUCACCUUCAUUGGCAUGGGCUACUACGGCUCUGGAGGUCGUGGCGGUGCAUGGCCAGCCACCAUGAACCUCUCCGGGAGCAUCGGCGCCGCGUCGACGGCGACAACCCCAGCUGCCAGCCCCAGCUGGCUGAGCAGGGGUGAAAGCAUGUGCCUCGACACGUCGGUGUUUCCUUCGCUUCCCUCGUGUGCUAUGGAGGAACGAGCGGCAGCGACGAUUGCGUCGCCUGUCUCGGCCCCCACAACCUCUACACCAGGAGGCGCCGCUGCGCCUGGGCCGAUGGGCUCCCCAUUGCCUUCGUCGUCGCCGACGUCUGCGGUGACCACCACGUCGGCCACAAUAGGCGACGCAGCCGCAGGGGCAGGGCUUGUCUCCAGAGUGGCGCUGCUGCAUCACGUCCAGCAGACCAUUCAAUCCUUCAUCGCGCGUGGUGAGCGGGAGGUGGCGCUGCACUUUAUAAUGGCCACCGCCCCGUACCGCUUCUCUGGCACGACGGACAGCGACCGCGUACUUGCAUUCUUCAACCAAAUUCGCUUCUUCCUGCCGUCCCCGCGCUUUGGAAUCGUCAUGCUGGCGAUGGAGGCGUGGCGCUCCCUGUACAGGCCGAGCGUCGGAGCCGGGGCAGCGGACUGCACGCACAUGACACUGGAGCUGCUGGCACUGAUAGAGACUUACCUAUGCCAUGGGCGCACGUACGCCGAGUACGUGUCAGGGUUGCUCAUGCUGCGUGCGGUGUUGGCGCUUGCUAUGGAAAACAGCCCUCUUUGCAGCCGUACGGCGGCGGUGCUGCUGCAGCACCGGUCCCUGCUGCAGGGUCGCUUGCCCACCUUCCUGCUCGCGGUUUGGCUGAUACUGAUGGAGUUCUACACCAUCGACGACACCGUGUUGCCACCACGACGGGUUUUGCGCGACCUCGCCGCCAACGCCAUGCAGGACCUGUUCACGGUGGCUCUGGAGCUGCACAUGACGCUGCCGGUGCAGAACGUCGUCGCCAAUGCCGUGAGUGUCUUCUUCACAGGCCCGCAGCCGCAGGCACAACUCGGCCUCUCUCCACUCGUCGCGGCGCUCUCUGGUGAGGCCGCAGUUUCGGUGGAGGUGGACCAUCGUGGCGGUGCUGAGGCGAGCAACAACAGUUCCGUCAAUGCCGACACCACUGCGGCGGGGGUGAAAGCCGCACACUCCCUGUACUCAAGCGCUUCGAACAACGCCGGCAAGAGCGUUGACUCUGAAGCCAUGAUGCUGCCUCUUCGCACUUUGGAUGUGCCUGCUGCCGCCGCUGCUGUCGGCGUACGGGGAAGCGGAGCACCAGGAGCAGGAGCUGCCCGAAGCCCGUCCCCUUCUCGGCCUACGCCCAGCACCGGAAACGGGGUUUCAGACGACACGGCGAACGCCACGAUGGCGCCAUUGCCGCCGCAUCGCGUGCCUGGGGCUGGUGGGGCCUCGGCGGUGGCGUCUGUCUGUCUCUCUCGCGACCCAACCGAGAGCCGCCGGUCGGCGCUGCGAACGGGAGUCGCCGCACCAGCAUCACCGGCCCCACAGGCGCCAGCAUCAUCCUAUCGCGCCGUCGCAAAGUGGAUGUGGGCUUCUGUGAAGCGCGCUGCACGGCGCCUCUCCCAUUCAACAUCGAUGCCGUCGCCGUCACCAGCGCUGGCCACCACUGCUGCCGUUGACGGCCGCCGCGACACGGCUGAGGCUGCUGGCGGGACACAAGAUACAUUCAGUAGCGCGCCUGGGAGGGUGUUUGCGCCGUCGGCUUUCGAUCUACCUCGACGCAUGGCAUCAGCGCGCACCAUGGCCGCCAAUAGACACCCGUCGCCGCCGCUGCUUGUUGAAGUUCUCGAGGACAUUUUCCGCGAGUCAAUGGAAGCUGACUUGUCAGAACGCGCGGAGGCAGUUGCGCGAUCGGCGGGCAGUGCGCAGCAGCAAGGACUCCUUUCGACAACCUCGGCAGUUGCCGGCGGUCGCUGGCUUGUACAGAGCAGCAGCUCACCUUUUUCCCAGGUUGCGCGACGGGUCUCUGUCACGAACAGUACCGCAGGCGGAGGUCGUGGCACCAUGCUGUCCUCGUACCACGCACUUUGGCAGCCCAGUGCAGUCGGCUUGCCACUGUUGCGUUCAGGGUCGUGGGCGCAGCGUCGACAGCAGCGACGCAGCUUCAGCGUCACAGCUGCGGCGGCCACCACGCUGGGGCUGGAGUCGUCAGCGCUCAGCGACCCGGUGUGGGGCGACAUUCCCUUCGAUGGCACCGUGUCCGACCGAGACACGCUCUGGACAUUACCGCUGGCACGCGCUCUCCGUGCGGCCGGCCGGCCGCAGACGUUGGAGGCCACGGUGGCGGCGUCGACGCUCACGCUGGGCGCGUUUCUGUGUGCGUGGAGAAUAGCAGGUUUCUCCGACGAAACGGACUCUGACUAUGCGGGGAGCCGCGCAUCGCGGCAUCUGAGUGGCAUGGCUACGGCAACUGCGGCCUCACCUGGCGCCAGCCCUACAGAGGUCUCCAUCGUUCCAUCCGGCGAGCCACCCCUGCCGCGCUACUUCGGCCCUGCGUCUGGUGGAGCCGGCUCGGGCGACGCUAACCCAUUCACCGAGGGUGUUGUCCUUCCACUCUUGACACCGGAAAGCCUCGUCGCAGCUGCAGGCUCCGGCGUCCUGGCGGGCUGUCGCGACUCUCUUGGUGAGUCAGCCUCGCUGCCGCACCCGUCACCCGCGACGGGUAGCUCGACGGCGAUGCCACCUGGCGUCGGCGCUUCUAGUGGGGUCUUUGGGGUCUCUACAGGCGAGCCGGAGAAGCCGGUGUCGAUGCUGCCGACGACGAUUUCUGCGCUCGCCAGCCGCACCGGGGCGUCGCGGUGCCGCGGAAGGUUGCUGGCAUCCACCGCCACCGAUGCGGAUCCUGAGUGGCAGAGUGUGGAGAGCGCUGCGACAAACGUCUACGUGCCUCCUGUGGCAGGCGUUGCGCCCCCCAUCGUGGGGGCUGCACGCGCCACGACGGGGGCGGCACGAGAUGAAGUGUCGGCCGCCACGCCGGCUGUGUCUACCGACAUGGCAGCGCUGCUUGCGGUGCCACCAUUGCCAGAUCCAAGAGCAAGUCCGUCACUGCAUGUGGCACAGGGCGCAGUAGGCACAGCCGCAGCGCCCGGCAACGGGUUUGACAACACGGGUGCGGAUCAUGUGCCACCAGCAGGACUGUUAGGAGCUGCCGCCGGCGCCGUCGCAACGCCUGACGCAGCCGGCCUCGUAGCGUCAGCGACGGUGGCAGGCCGCCAGAGUGGACUUCCCGCUACCAUUCCGACGUCGACAGCGGGCUUGUGCAGGGCGCGCGCCCCUCCCACCGAGGUGGCGGAUGUCAGCGUCUCUGACGACUCGCGCUCACAGGUGGGCGCGCGCGGCGGUGACGGUACGGCGAGGCUCACGAUGGCGGCACCGAGGCCCGCUAUGACUUCUGGUACUGCCGAUGGGCGACUGAAUGUGGCAGCACCAGUACCGCAGACCCCGUCCCUUUCUUUCUUCUUGCCCUCGUGGGCCGCGGCGCGAGUGAUGGAGCGCUGCGUGCGUCCUUGCUGGGACGCCAUCGGCCCUGCCGCACUGUCCUCCACAGCAGACGGCGCGAGGGCGGCAACGAGGCACACAAGCGCCGUAGUGGUGACCAAGGAAGCCGAAAUCCUCCUCAGCAGCGUGGUGCCACUCCUCUCACAGUACUAUGUGGACGCGCUCUCCGCCAGCACCGUGACAGCGGCGACCCAAGUACUCGUGAACCGUGCCAUUCAAUCAGUGAAGUCCCUCUCGCAGGGACUGCGUGAUUGCAGUAGCCACCUCGGCGCCAACAGUCGUGGCGGGGCACCUACCGAAACGACCACGCGCGCAGGCUCAGGCGGCACCACUCUGCCCUCCUCGUCAGCGCCUCGCGAGUCUGACGUUGCGCCACGUGACUCAGACAUGGGUGCCUCCCACAACGGCGCCGAGCCACCGGUAUCAUCGCCGCGUGCGGCGGCGCCUACCGGCACUGCCUCUGCCUCUGCCGCCACCACCACCGCCACCGCCUCGACACCAUUCGCCUCACCGUUUUCGGCCUGGCCGGCAGAGGACAGCGCCCUCGUGGACGGCACAGAGUUGUUGAACGCGAUUUUGUUCAUGACGACGGUGGCGGAGCGCUAUCCUGCUGUGUACGAGCGCAUGAUACAUCAGAGACUCUACCCGCUACUUCAUCACAUAUUACUGCUGCACAACGCCGCUGUCGAGGAACCGCAGCUGUGGCUCUCCAUGCCCCCCUCCUCUGCAGCGGUGGCCGCACACUUCAAGGUUGGGGACCGAGCACGGGCGGCUCCGCCUCUGGUGCCGCCGCCGCAGCAGCUGUGCAGCUCGCAGUCCGUAACGUCUCCCACUGCCAUGGAAGGCGAGGCGGUCAUCCAGCGAGUACGGCUGAUCACCGCCCGGGCCAUGUAUCAGCGCCUCGCAAUGCCGGCGCUGGUCCUCCUCGCGCACAACAUGCCUGAUGACGCGUGUGCGCGUCGGUGCUACCCACUGGUGGUGCGGCUGGCGCAGCUGGGACUGCGACGGCCUUUCUCAAUGGCAUCCGUCACGACGGCAUUGUGCAUCUGUGCCGUGUACCCGCCCCUCUCCCGUGUGUGCCAGUCCGAGCUGGUGCGGGCAAUGGCCGUCGUGCUGGCAACCCCAGAUGACGGGCUCAGUGACGGAGACGACGAUGGUGCCGACAACGCGGCGGCGCCGACGGCGUCGCGAGAGGCAGAGGCGGACGGCGUGAGGGCGAGGCACCACUCUCGUCGAGCACCGCCGCAGGCCCGGCCCGAAGAUGAGCCGCGGGGCACUCGCGAGGAGGAUGCCAUUGCGAGCAAGCCAGCCGGGCCGACUCGGGCUGCAGUGCUGUCGCCUAGACCUUUCCCAAUGACUGCUGCGACGGCAGCGGCGUCUCAAGCAUCGCUACCGAGGCCGUCCUCGCGUCGGGCCGCGCCAACCACAGCUAUCGCGGCCACCGGGAGCGCGGCCCCUCCGAUGUGGAGGAGCCGGCUGAACCUCCAGCUCUUUUUCCCUUGCUCAACAAACGUCGGGCACCUGCGCCUCCCCGCGGCAUCGAUGCGGGCCGCGCGGCGCCGACAGGCGGUUCAGACGCGCCUCGUCAAGCACCACUGCUUCCGCGCCAUGAGCCUCUUCUACAGCAGCUGGGAGGGCACCACCCUCCUCUUCCUCGAGGUGUGCCUUCCAUACUUGUGGCACCCCGAUGCGCAGCUGCGACUGGAGUGUGUGCAGUGCUGCAUGCGCUGGCUGCUGUCGGACUGCUGGCACUCCACGGACCAGGCAUUGCUGCAUCACCAUGCCGCCACGCCCACUGCCAGCGCGGGUGGUGUCGAUGCAGCUCCGUCGACGGCGCUGACCUCGUUCCGGAACCGCGUGACGGCUGCCGUCACCCGCGCUCCAGUGCGCGACCCGCGCACGACUGCGAACAGUGGCAGCAGCGCCAAGGGUGGCGUGCACGGGACGGCCGCGCUGCGGUGCCUCACAACCCUUAGCGCGCCAGCGCCGACACAGACUGGACAGGUGCGCGUGCCGUACCGUGCGCCGCCCCGUCAGACCGCAGAGGUCCUUCGCAAUGGUGUCUCGUCGGGGCCGGCAGUGCCUACUGCCACAGCCCGAGCACCAGGGAUGUCGAUCUGCACUGUGCAGCAUCACGGACGCACGCACGUGAACGCUCUGCGAGAGGUGGUGCACCACUUGGUGGAGCUGGCCGUCUGCGACCCGGAGCCGCUCAUUCGGAAGUGUGCGCUCGAGAGUCUCUCGCCGGAGACGUAUCCUCUGCUGUACCCCCACGAGCCCUUCGUGCACCAGCUGUUCACGGUGCUGUGGGACAGUUAUAUGCCGAAUCGAAGCAGAGCAGCUGUGCUGCUCUGCGCUCUGGCGCCGCUGAACCCGUCCUCUAUCUUCCCACGCCUCCGCCAGGUGUUGGUCCAAUACACAGAGGACUUGACGAAUAGCAUUGCGCGGCUGGCAGCUCCUUCCCUGCCUGCAAAGCGAUCCUCAGCGCUUCUGCCAGUCGCCCCACCCGGGCACAUCCACGAGGACGCGCUCUUUGUGUUGUUCCAGAUCGCGUCUCGGCUGAAGCAAUCAACACAGCUAUACUUGCCGCAACUUCUGUCGAUUGUGUCUUCGGUGCUGCGCAGCGGGUCGUCGCCGCGCGGGUCGGUGCUGCAGGCGCUGCACUUCCUCGUUGCCUUGCGUGAGGACAGCACCGAGGAGCAGUCGGCACUCUUCGCUCCCUUUUUCGACCUCGUUGCGCAGCAGCUGAUCGACGGCGACGGCGACACCGCACGCCUGCUGGCGACGGUGGCAGCACUGCAGAGCUUGCUGCAGCAGUUCACCGGCUCGGCGCACUCCUCAUCGCAGACCCUGCCGAUGGUGGUUGAGCGCCUGCACUCGCUACUGUACCGCAAGCCAUCCGUUGUGACGGAGUUCGCCAUGGCUGUGCUGCAGCUACUGGGCACAAUCAGUAGCAUCGAGCCGUGGGACGCCGAGGCGGCGCCGCGCGCACCUGCGCUACUGCGACGACCGCAGAACCGCUACCCCUUGCCACCGCUCUCCUCGUCGGCUGGCGUGCUAGGUCGCGGCAGGGCAGUGCGCUCAAGGUGGCUCGACAGAGAUGAGAGGGCAGACAGCGCUGCAGAGGCACUUGCGCAGUUGCAGAAGGCUGACCGCUUCGCUCCGUUCACGGCGCGCGCGUGGUGCGAUACGGUCCUGCGCGCGCUGAUGCGCACCGUUUCUGGAUACGUGAAUGGGACGAUGAGCCAGACCCAGGGAGGUCUGUGCACGUGUCUCGCCGCCAUCAUGAACAUCUUGACCAACACCGUGGCCAUUCACCAUCUGGAGCUGUACCUGCCGACGGUGCUGACGCUCGUGAUUGACCUCCUCGAGAAGCGGCAGACGCGGUGGCGCGACAUCGAGACAGCUUAUCAGUCGUCGGCGCACAAUCCGCACUCGAGCACCACCACCGCGACGGGCCGCGGGGACGGCGCGGCGACGGCGGUGGGGCCUGCAGAGGUAGGUAAGAUCAACGACUCCUCGGAGGCGAUACGGCUGCUCUUCCUGCGGAGACUGUUCGACCUGGUCCUUGUCGCCGGUCGCCGUAUUGGUCCGAUGUACCCGCUGCUGAAUGUUUUCCUGCGCGGCAGCUGGAAGACAAUGUCACCGCGCGGCCUUGUACAGUGCUGUGAGGUGCUUGAUGCCCUGUGCUGGGCAGUGCCGGACUUGCUGCGCGACGACUGCGACGUGUGGAUCCCGUCGCUGCUGGAGGCACUGAUUCAAUACGACGCGCUGGUGGUGACGCACCGUCGCGCACACGAGGGGGUGCCAGACAGCGCGCCCGCUGCAGCCAACACCUCGACAGGAGCUGUGGCAACCGGCAUCGCCGCCGGCGCCGCUGUUACGCCUACAGAGAGUGAAGAGACCCCAACAGCGCCGGCCAACACAUCGCGGAACUUCUCGGCGUCGGCGAACCGUAUGAGUCCUGCCCGACAUGGGAGCGUCGUUGCUGAUGCGAACGACAGCAGCAGCAGCCCGCUGAAGAAGCCGCACACACCGUCUCAAUCGCUGCACAGCGCGGCAGUUGUUGACGGUACCGAGGAGGCUCCGUGGGAGCAGCAGCUGAAGCUUGUCUAUCAAGCCUUGACCCUGUGCUUGACAUCGCUGCAGCCGCUAGUGCCUCCGCUGGAAAAGCGGUUCGUUGCGGUGAGCCUGUCGGAGUGCCUGAAGUCGUCACACGUGCCACGCGGUGAAGCAGUGCGACGCACCGCAGCGCCGACAGCAGCGGCCGCACCAACGGAUGGCCGCACGGAGCAGGGCGCCGGCUUCGAUGCGGAACAUAGCGCCACGCUCGCCACAUCGACACCUUCAUCGCUGCAGAGCCUUUGGCCAGCCACCGGCGCCACGACGGCGUCAGCCGUUUUCGAUCUGAUGGCGGACCCGCACGAGGAGCUCAUCUCCUUCCUGAACGCGUGUGUCUGCAGGCCUCUGCUGGAGUACAUGGUGCACAGCAACCUCUCCACUGUCUCCAUGAAGCUGGUCAAGAACCUGCUGUCGCGUUUGGAGUCGCUGAGCGCCGUGCAUGAGGAGGCGCUGCAGCGGUUGUGGGGCGCCAUGAGCCGGCGCACCGCGUCGCUGCUGUCGCAACCCGAAGGCAGCGGCGGGCUAUCCUGGAUGCCGGAUGUGGCGAGCGGCUCUGCCACCUGUCCCGAUGGCAGCGUCGGUUCGCUGGCCGCGCCGGCGCGCGCGCAGCUGGAGGUGAAGCUACGCGAGGCGCGAGAGUUGCUGCAUCUGCAGUGUGCGCGGCAGCACGAGGAGGGCGGUGGGUCGGCCAACGUCAGCGGCUGCGGUGCCGGUACCUCCUCGCUCACUGCCUUCUACGCAGCGCCGCGAUCGGCGAGUGAGGCGCUGUGGUUCAACAACGCUGCGCUCAGUCGCAUGUGGGUGCAGAGCGCCGACCGCGCGGUGACGGUGCGGCGCUACUUUCCUUUCGACGCGGUGCACACCUCCUGGGAGACCGAGGGAGAAGUCCAGCUGCUCGGGUGUCUGCUUGUGUCGGCUGCGUGGCACCACCCGCCCUCGACGACCGCGUUCGCGACGACGCUGCACACGUACUUUGCGCAGCGCUUCGGCCCUGACAGCGUUGCGGUGGCCUACGUGCGCUGUAUCUGCUCCAGCUACUAUAAUUUGUGCAUGCCGCUCGCGUCUGCGCAUGACGAGGAGAUGGUGGUUAAAUGGGCUGUGCAACAGCAGCAGCGAGUCGCAACCACAGGCUCUGGCAGCGACGCCGGCACUGAGAGCGACACCUCGCUCACCACCGUGACGCGGUCGGCUGUGAUGCGCGGCCCCGGACUCCAUGAUGCCGCUGGCCAGAUGACGCGAGAGGGCAGCGCCGACGUCAUUUUGCGUCAUCCGAGGUCUCCUGUUGCCCAAGCAACUGCGGCAGCGGCGCCUGCGAGGAGGAGCACCGCCGCCUCGCCGAAAGGCGGCGCCGCAUUGUCGGGAUUAUCUGGCAUGGGCAGUCGUGCCGUCAGUUGGGAGGAGGACGCGCCGGCGCUUACCAUCGCGAGAGGCGAAGGCACAUCCGCGUCCUCCUCUGCCGCUGCGACAGCCUUCGCUGGUGCAUCUGGGACACGCGCGACGACUCGAUGGGCCCAGAGCAACAGCGCAGCAGCCUCGCUAGGCUCAGUCCUGACCACCACCGCCAUCGUGCGCGGAGACAGCACGAGCGACAUGGCGUUAGCGCGCCCCAUGGUGACGUACCCGAGCAUGGAACGCCUUGACAGCAGCAGCGACGGACGGCGGUCAGCUGAGAUGAACACAACGGUGCGCUUCUCAGACCAUGACGAGGAUCAGGACGGCAACGGGCGCACGUGGACGGAUUCGCACUACACACGCCACGCGAGGAGCAGCAAUGGUGGUAGCGCGAUGCCACACCGGGCGCACAUCAGUCACCAGCAGCUAAGUGCGAACCAGCUCCAUCAACCGCAGUACCCGUUGCCGACUGGGACAGCCACCUCGACACCCCUCUGCGGCCCCAACUCCCUACCUCGCACUAUCACGGCACACAGCACCAAUGGCGCAGAUACGUCGCCGUCAACGACGCAUAACCACAGCCCCACAACAGCCACCCUGGCCAUCCCCGUCGAGGCGGGUGUCGGCGGCUCCUUGGACAACUACGUGAAUGCCUCAGCACCUGUGGGUCUGUCUGGCCUCCGCAGCGGAAGCGGCAGUGGCUCCUCGUUCUAUCCUGGGAGCUUCUUCACAAGCGCCGUCGCCGCGGAGGGGCGGGUCGGCUGCGAUGGCGGUGCAUGCAGUGGUGUCGUGAACAGCACCCCUCAUCACCAUCACCCACACGCCUCGCUCGGUGCGGGUGACGGAGGGCCGUCAGCAGACGUGGAGGCGGUCUACGGGCGUGGCAGCAGCGAGGCCGUGCCGCCUGCGCACGCGUCGGUCGGUGGCGGCACUGGGGUGCACCUCACGACCCCCAUAUGCCGUCCCUUUCAGCUGCCCCAUCCGCAGCCGUUCCCGACAGGACAGUCGCACGCCCCCUACCCCGUCAGCAGCAGGGCCUCGCCGAAUGUGAACCUUGGCCCGCAGCCAGCGGCUUCACCAACAGGCAGUGCGGGGAUGCUUGGGGUCGGCUCUUUCACCGCCGCCUCCGUCGAUCACCCCUGGGGCGUUCUGGGACUUCCCGCUUCGGCCUUCAGCCCUGUCGGUGGGGUUGGUGGGGGCGCACCUGGUGGGCCCGGCGGCACGCCGCCACCAUGGCGCUUCGCGUCGAUCGCGGCGUCCGUCACUGCCGCCGAUGUGGCGUCUCCAAACAGCUUUACGAUGCCGCCGUCUAGUGGUGGUGUCGGUGGCGCUACUUUUCCUUUUGCUGUGGCCUCCCAUGAUGCUGCAGCGGUGCAACAGCAAGCGUGUCGGCGACUGUCGCCCCUUGUCUCCCAUCCGCCUCUGCAUCACCACCUGUCGAGUGGUACCAUGGCGGCGCCAGCCACGGCAACUAUGCGGAGCCGCGGCGGCUCAGGCAACGACUUGAGCGGGCACCAGCUCCAGCCGCCGCCGGUGCACCAAGCGCAGAGGCAGCUGCCUCCCUCGCCUUUCUCUGCCGAGGCGAGCGCCACCUCGGCUACGACUUGGACAGCCGCCGCCGGCGCGGUGCGUUCAACCACGACCACGGCGGCGGGUGCUCCGCCGCUGAGAGCAGAGGCACGCGUCUUCACAUCAGCCGUGCAGUCGCCAGCUGCGACUACGCAGACGGACAACGACGGCCCCACCUCUCCGGCUGCGGCGGCUGCUUCCGAUAGGCUGGGGAAGGAGGCAGCGACGUCGCCGUGUGUGGCGAGAGAGAUGGCGGAGGCGUGUGCAGCUUUCGCAUCGGCGCACGAGGCUGGCGAGGUAACGCACAAGAAUUCGCUCAUUGCGUACUUUGAGCUGCAUCGGUCUAUUUCCGGGCACGGCUGGCGGUCGUGGUGGGAGCAGUUCUGUCUGUACUUGCUGCAGUGCAGUCCGGACUACUGCAUCCAAGCCUGCGAGCCCUUUGCGCGUCAGCACCACAUCGCCUUCUCGUACUCGGAGCUGCUGCCCUUGGCGCUCUUGUCAACGCUUCCGUCUUGCACCGUGGCGGAGCUCGUCGCGUGGCUUCGAGCGCUGCGCGACUUUUACGCUUUCCACACCGACCCUAGUGCUCCUGUGCCGCAGCAGGUCGCCUCCGGGGUGGCCCGCGUCGCACACGAUAUCCGCCUCUACCACCGCACAUUCUUCCCACCAGAGGUGGUGUCGCGAGUCGUGGACGUCUGGUUGCCGGAAAGUGUCGUGGCGGAGCUCGCGAAUCGCUCGCUCAACCCCCCGUUGCGCAUCCUGUAUCUGGAGCAGGACCUGGCCCGCUUCUUCUCCUGGGGAUGUACAGCGCUGCUCAUGGUGUCUGCCGAUGACGUGGCGAGCGCGUUGGAGCGGACGCUAUUCGUGCAAGACCCGCGCUUCCAGCAGUGGCUGAGUGCGGUGGCGGCGACGGCAUCAGAGAUGCGGAGCAGGGACAGUGCCGUAGCCCGUUCUCCAGGACGACGGCGUCGCAGCUGCAAGCCUGUGGUGAGGUCGGCGGCAGCGGUCGCCAAGUCGUCGUCGUCAACCAUCGGCAUCCUAACUCCGUCAGCGCUGGAGCUGCUUGGCUUCCACCGCGCAGCCGCACUCGAAUAUGUGCGCUUGUACGAGGAGCAGCAGCUGAGCGAGCGCCGUGACAGCCGCCGCGGUGUGGCAACGGAAGAGGAUGAAGCUGCACAGUGUAGUCCAGGGUCAACAUCGAAGGACACGGCGGCUCGGCACCACUCAAGCGCCGCUGCUGCUAGGUUGAUUGUCGGGGCGAUGCGCUGCCACAUCUGCCUGUGCGACUUCGAGGCGGUGCUGCGGCUCUGGGAGGUCGUUAAGGGCAGGGGCGCUGCCGACACGACCACAGCGAUGACAAGCUCUUCCCUGUCUACAGACGGUUGCAGUGAGGCGUCCGACGGCGACAGCGGCUCAGCCGUGGUGAGGAAUAACUGCAGACGGGCUAGCUCGUGCGUGCUGAGCCCCGAGACAGCGCGGUAUGUGGUGAUGUCUGCCCAGGCUCUUUCUCGAUGGGACUACGUGCAGGAAGCCGCCCACUACGCCUUUGGCUGCGCCAGCGCUGGCGGACUUUCCUGGACCACCGGCGCGCCGCAAGCAGUGCAGGAACACACGCACAAGUCGGGCGGGCCGGCUGCAAAUUCUGCCGUGACACCACAUGUCCAACAGCUGCCGCAGCCACCAGGCAACCCUCGGUGGGCGGAGGAUGUGGGAGAGGAAGGGCGCGCCGAGCAAUUCCUGGACAAGGUCUUCUCGUCGGACUUGCCCCCCGGGACGGACGGCACGGUCGAGCUCCGGGCGGUCGAUCACACCCGCGAGUCGCUCCUGCAACGGCAGAUGGAGGUGUUCGUUGGCGCGGCGCUCGUGGCGGCGCACGAUUAUGACGGCGCGAAGCGGGCCUUGACUGCUGUCCGCGACGGACUACGUGACUCCUACGCGGUCUUCCACAGCGAUAACAAUCGCGUGAAGCUUGAGUGGAGCAGCGUCUUCCAGCAGCUGUCCGACUUGGAGGAAGGCAUGCACGCGCUUGAGCAGGUGCCCGCAGCCCAGGAAGGGAUGGGUGCCGUGCCGACAUGCACGGAGAGCGGUGGCACGUCCGCGGCGUGGCCAGGCGCGAAAUUGCCAGCUCUGGAUCGCGAGAUUAACGGCAAGCUCUUCCCCGAGGCAACGGUGCGGCGUCUGCGCAACAUCACGUGCCGACCGGUUUCAGCCACCACCACGAUCCUGCAGCUCUUCAUGAUCAUCGCCGUCCGCAGCGCCAUCGCCCCUGUCACCUGGCAGCUUGACAACGUCCUCGCCUUGGGGGAGAGGCUCGAGAAGGCGGGUCAGCCCAUGCGUGCUGUGCAAGUCCUGCACCAUUACGCCAACCUGCCUGUUGUCGCCACGUCCUUCACGACCACGGCGGUGAAGUUCAAGCAGCAGCUGAGUCUCGAGAUGCUGCGCCGUCUGAUUCGCAACUUGUCUAGCGAGAAGGACCUACGCGAAGUGCACGCCUGCGUGCAGACAGCGCUGCGGAACGACCUGUGGCUGGCGCGCUGCGCCGCAACGCGGCGGAUGAGUGCGGUGUCGCCGACCUCCUCAUUCUCGGCGUCACCGUCUGCCGCGGCUGCGUCGUCGUCGUGGCCGCUGCGAAAUCAGCUGGCGAUGGAUGGUGCUGCCCCGCGCGGUUCCAUGCUCACCGCACAGGAGCUCGGUCCGUCGCUGUCGCACUACCAGGUGGAUCUGCUGCUUCUAAAUGUUGCAUGCCGGCGUCGCCUGGCCCAUGUGCUGCUGCAACGUGCGCCGCUUGCACACCGGCCCUCACCGGUCACUGUCGCCUCGGCCACGCCGGACGUGUCUGCGCCGCUCGCAGACGCGACAGCGUCCAACUCGGCACCGUCGUGGACGUCGGACGCGGUGCGGCCCCCCACCAACACGCUUUCACUUCCCAUCGAGGUUGGUAGGACACCUCGCCGUGCCGCAACGGAUGUCGUAGAGGACGAGAAGGCCUCCGGCACAGAUCCCCAUUCGCCGGCCAGCUCGUCCAUAACGCGCCAGCCCAGCGACUUUCCAGCUACGGCUGCGGCUCCGUUGUCCGCCCGGAGCGGCGCUGACUCAACAGCAGGAGCAGCAGCAAAGAGCUGCACCGGUGACGGUGCAGGCUGUCGUCAUGACUCCACAGAAAGCGGGUGCGUAGACAGAAGCGACACUUUGCCGGCGCGGGAGCAGCGCGCCAAGAUGGACGAGGCGGCCACUACGGCGAUGGAGGAGUCCGUGGAGGGGAGGGAGGAGGGCGUUCUCUCGCUCGACAGCAUCACAGGGAAGACGGCGAUGUUUGCCGAGUACUACCUGCUCGAGCAAGCUGUCGCAGUCACCUGCUACGUGCCAUCCGUAUGGAGAGAGUUCGGGCUCGUCUUGUUCGAUGUCUGUAUGGCCAUUCACGCGGAGUGUAGGUCGACAGGGGACGAGGAGACGAAGCAGAACUUCCUGGCACAGUCGGCCAAGGCGAUUCACGGCCUGCAGCUUGCAGCGCAGCUUUGGCGCAGCCAGUCAGAGUCGGUCUUCAGCCGCGGUAUCGGCCCCUUCCCCGCCACGAUGCCGCGUCGCCACGGGCAUGCACGAACGGCGUUGCCCUCGGCCCACUUGCUCUUAAAGGCGCUGUACUUGGCAGUCACGUGCGAGGUCAUUGUACAGGACGACGCGCGGGCUGCAGCCGGCGCCACCGAAGCAACAACAGCGGCGGCGGCCGCCGCAGCGGUGGUGACGACUUCAAGUGUGUCGCUCGCCCCUUUCUCUGCAUCUUCGCCGGCGCCGCUGCCGUCAUCGUUGGGAGCCGGCAGCAAGACUGCGAAGGACGCAGAGGAGGCGGAGAUGGCAAGCGGCACAGGCGGUGGCGGUCGCACUUGUAGCGUGUUCACGACUCCACGGGCCUUGUCUGCGAGUCAGCGCACAGAGCAGCCUCGCGCGGGAGCGUGUGAAGCUGAGACGGCAGCGGGGACCAAGGCGGAGAACAGUAGGGGCCCGACGGGCAUCGAGAGUGGCGCCGACACCACAGGGCAGCCUUAUCCACAUUCGGCCUCGCAGCCGCAGCCGACCGCUGCUGCUGCCGCCGUUACCGAGCAACAGGGUGGCUUUGCCUGCCUAGACUUUUCUCCCCCUUCGUACCUGCAGUGGGCCGCCGUCGCUCCGUUCCUGCUGGCGGCCGCUACCCAUCACCACAGUCUGUACGCGGCAUUGCGGGACAUGUGCGUGCAGUCGCGCGACAUGCUGCGCCAGCUGGUGUUCCCCCUCAUCGCAAUGUUCGAGCAUGGAUUUGGGACCAUGCCUGCGCCGCAGGCCAGUCACCCUCGGUAUCGCAGAGCCUCUACUGCUGAGGAGGCGCCUGCGGCGACAGCUUCGCGUCACCUCACCAGCACCUUCGUUGCUUUGGGGAGUGAAGGGCAGGAGGGUGGGCGGCAGCAGCAGAGGAGCGGACUCGAAGCUUCUGCGCGCGUGUUUGAGGGUGAGGACGGCGACGAGCAAGUCACUGGCGUCAGCUGCUCCAACUCCACUGAGGUGCCGUCGCUGUUGGAGCACCCAGGGGUGGCAGAGGGAGACACCAGCGAUGCUGGUCUGAUCGCGAAGCGCGCGGCAUGGACGUCGGUGAUAGAGGUAACAGACGGGCGGCACAAAGGAGGGCGCAGGGUUCCCUGCGCGGCGCUGGCGACCUCAUUGUUGCCCACCCGCGCCAGCACCUCCGAUAGUGAAGCGGCAACGCUCGGUGGCCCAACUGCGUCGUAUACGAUGUCGGCGUCACACCGCCUUGUGUCUCCGCGGGAGCGUCCGCUGGAGGAGGCGGAGCGGGAGGUUUACUCGUCGCUGCUGGCCGACAUUGCAGCCGCCAGUCCUGGUCAUCGGCGACUCAUCCAAGAGGCUAUGCAGCUGCACAGCUUUGUGCGUGGGCUGUGGGAGGUGCCGACAGCGGCUUCACGAAGGCGCAGCUCGUUGGGUGCAGCGGUGGGGCAGGACGGCAUGGACGCAUCGUUGGCGUCGUUGGGUGUCGUCGAGGGAGCACCGCCUCCAACACAGCGCGCACGUGAGGCGGCGUCUAGUGGAGCUGCGUCGCAUGGGGCCACCAGGGGCAAAGGCGCUGCCUCGGGCUUCGUCCCCAUUGACGACGCCGGCGGCAUGCACGGAGAGAUGGAGCUGCUGUUGGACGGCUUCUGCCCCUUACCGGCGCCACUGUGGCUGCUCCCCAGCGUGUUUGGGGUGGGGAUGACGACAGGGGACGCUGGCGGUAGCCGCGGUCACGACAACACCGGCAGUGAUGAGGGUGCGUGGGCCGGGAAGGCCCAAUCCGGCGGCCUUGGAGCUGGGCUGGACGCGGCUGCUCGAGGCCGCCCGCACGGCGGCCAAUCAGGCGGGCCGACCUCACCUGCUUCCACUGCGCCUGCCACACGGACGGCUGGAUACCGCGGUGCGCGGAUGGACGAUGGAAGCGGCGGCGUGGCAGGGCUGCCUCAGUCGUCUGCGACCGGCCUGCCGGCUUCCGCCGCAGCUGCCCACGACCAGCGGGCCGCACAUAGCACCACCAGGUCCGCUGUCAGGUUUGCACCCACGGCGGUGCCCACCAUAAUGCAUGUGCGAAGGUACGCCGUCCUGAAACCGGCCCCGCACCACCAGUGCGAGGAGGUCGUCUUUGUAAUGCUGUCGGACGGCUUGGUGUGCCGCUUCCGCCACGCGGCCCCGGCGGUGACUAACAGGAGCGGAGAGGCCUUCGGCGCGUGUGAGUCACCACACGGCGCAACGGACUCUGCCAACGCGCGGCUGGGCCAGUCGAGGAAAAGCGGCGCUGCCUCGGCUGGCGCUGGUGCGAAGGAUGCCCCAACCGUCAGCGGACACUCCGGGGCAGGCGGGUACGUGCUUCCCUACGCCUUGAUGGAGCAGAUCGCCUCGCUGCUUCUUAGCCACCUUCCCUUGACACAUCUGCAGCGACCGUUUGUGCUGCCUCUUUCGGUGCAGGAUUACAUGACGAUGCUGCCAGAGCACAGAACGUCGCCGCUUAUUCUCGGCGCAGCAACGGCAGCGUCAGUGCGGUCGGACGACCCACAGAGAUGGAGGCAUGACAUGGCGCUGCUCACCGGCCCGUCAACUGGCAGCUCGGCUGCUGCGCUCCGCACAGCAACACAGCUGCUAGACUGGUCGUCUGACGCGACUCGCACGCCGCCGUCGCUGUAUCACCUCAUGGACGACUACACGGUGCACCUCCGCGUUCGGGAGAUGGCUUUGGCGGCGCAGGAGGCGGUGGAGGCCUACCCCGCACUCGAUCUCGACGCGAUGCAGAUUGCCGCAGAGACGGGCCGGCGCCCCGGCGUAUCGGCGGACAACGCCUACCCAUUCAACUGGGCCUACGGCUAUCCGGUGAGCGCCCCACCAACGGACGAGGCGGCGGUCGCGCUGACGAAGUCACACAAGUAUCGCGACCUUGUACAGCGGCGCCGCACGAACGAGGAGCGCUUUGACCAGCUCGUCGCCGCGGCCUACGAUGACGGCUGCGUUGGGCCGCUCAUCGCGUUCCUUCAAGGCAUCCUCGCCACCCGACCGUCACCGCCACCGCCGCCGUCGUCGUCGCCGCCAGCGCCAGAAACGCAAACUGGAGCGGCGGCAUCCGCCAACCCGGCAAGCACCACGGCGACGGCGACAUCGCCUUUUUCCGCCUCCUCUUCCGCGCCAGCGCCGCCGUCGUUCCGCUCGCCAGAGGAGACGUUCUCGAUGCAGCAGCGGCUCUACGCCUAUGCGGCCGUGCUGCCGCGCACAGAGGCGCACUUGCGCAGUGUCCUGGCAGCUCUUUCAGCGGUUGUCGCAGGCGCCGAGGACCGCUUGACGAGGGAAUCAUCGACGCCCUCGUCUUCAUCGUCGCCGCUGUCGCCUACCGUGUCGCCUGUCCUCAACACGGAGAAGCGGCGGUACGGUCACCGACAGGCCUUUACUGCCACACAGGCUACUUCCCUCUCGGCGCGUGAGCUGCAGGCAUGUCGGCUCGCUCUUUUCCGCCUGGAGAGCGCUCGCUUCAGGCUUGCCUUGAACGACGCAUUCAGUGCUGACAGCAGCAAUGCAAGUCACUGGCUCGAGGCGCGCCGCACGUAUGCGAAGGAGCUGUCCGAGUGGAGCGUCAUGGAGUACCUCCUCGACGUACACACGCGCGAGUGUGGGACGGUGCUUGUGAACACAUACGAUGGCCAUGUCGCGGUGCACGCCUUGGGGAGGUACUGCCUUCAACCACCGCCACGGCAGAGUCGCGGCGCGUGCGCGAAAGAAGCAGCGACGUACGCGGCUGACGUCGCCCCCCUUAUCGUGAGCCCGUUUCCGACACAUGACGCAACGCUGUUCCGGUUGACUCCGGUGUUGGUGGCUGGCCUCCCGUUGCAGAGUGCCCACGCCGCCUUCCAGUACCACGCCAGCUCCGUACUCUACGAGAUUUUUCAGUACGGGCGAGAUUUGACCGGCAUUGCCACCUACGGCGUGGACUGCGUGACGGCCUUCGCGCACGCUGCAGCGGCACCUAAUGCAGCGCCUUCGCCGUCGUCGAACACCUCCUCGAUAGAGACGCCGCUGUCGACGUGUAGAUCGGAGUUCUCUGUGACCGCGAGCGGCGACUUCGGUGCUGCUUUGCCGAGUCGUCGUGCGACACUUCGACCAGAGGGCAACUGUGCAUGCGCAUCGGGAUCGGUGAACGCCGGCGCCGCCACGGAAGGCGGCCCGGGGCCGAGCGCUGCAGCGUCGCCACGACGGGCCGGCACAAAGGCCGCUGCUGCACCGCCAAAGAAGCAGCGCGAGGUCCCCCCGCCGCUCGAGUCUCUGGUCGGCGUCCCCGCGGCCGCGACCUCCGCCGCGCCCUCUUCCGCUUUCGCUGCCCUCCCUGCGCGUGGCGCGGCGCAGCGCCAUCCGAAUCCGCCGCUCGACGAAGGCGCCGACGCUUCGACGCUGCCGCCACCGCCACGCUGCUUUGACUCCAGCUCCUUUCGCUUGAAACUAUCAUACAACGUGCUGCUCGUCCUGCACGAAGAGGCCGAGCGCAGCGGGCGAGCAACCAUGCUGCGCUUGCUACGCAGCCAGCGGGAGGCUACGGAGGCGCAGUGGCUGCACGUGACACCGACAAGUCCGUCCGGGGACGGAGACGAGGGCAACGCCGUGGAGGCAAAGGUGUCGGUUGCGGGCCACGGCGCAGCGGAGGUGAAGACGGGCGGGACUCCGCCGUCACCGCUGUCGACUGCGGCGGGCGACGAUGAGGAUGAAGAUGACCGCGCCCCGGGCUUGACGUCGGCGUUUGACCUUGUUGCCGCUAUGAUCACGGCAGCCACAGAUGAGGAGAACCUGCUCGGAGUCGACGGUUUAUGCCCUCACACGUGGCGGCGGUGGGCACCGCACUGGUAG